AUGUGAAAGAAUUUUUUGUUGGUGGCGUUAUGAUUAUGAACCUAAAGUUGACCAAAUCUUCGUUGUUAUUUCACAACGUUUCCUUUUUAAAUCCCUUUUGGUAAUAGUCCCUACAAAGCCAAAUAGACAAUGUAUAAGUGAUAAAAAUAUAAAAUUCACAAAGGUCUCUCCUUAAACUUAUCCCCACCACAUAUAUACUUAUUCUUCCUCCUCUUUUCGCUCCACGUUUCGUACUUUAACACAACAAAACACACACACACACAAGUAUUUUGGUCUGAAUCUGAUACCUCAAUACACCAACAACAAUGGAGUCACUAAAAAUAUUCAUCUCUCUUUUUCUCUUCUCAUUCUCAUCUUUCUUCUUAGGUGUUGAAUCGGAUCAUCUUCAGCAUAGUAACUUGAAGAGAUUGAGACCGAAUAGACUGUUCGUGUUUGGAGAUUCCUAUGCAGACACCGGAAACAUAAGGAAGUCUCUCUCCGAUUCUUGGAAAAUUCCUUACGGCAUCACUUUCCCCCAAAAACCCUCCGGUCGUUUCUCCGAUGGCCGCGUCGCCACAGAUUUUCUAGCAAGAUACUUGGGUAUAAAGUCACCAAUUCCGUACACGUGGAAGAAUUACGCGGGAAAGGAACGGCUAUUGUAUGGAAUGAAUUAUGCGUAUGGAGGAACAGGAGUGUUUAAGACUAAAGAUAAUCCUUUGCCAAACAUGACAACUCAGAUUGAUUAUUUCCAACGCGUACUCGCCGCCGGAAAUAUCUACUCUCCCUCCGAUCUCCCCUCCUCCCUCGCUCUCGUUAGCGUUGCCGGCAACGACUACGCCUCUUUCUUGGCCCUAAAACGCCCACUGACCGAGUUACCGGCAUUCAUGAAGCAAGUUGUUGAUCAAAUUGCGGUAAAUGCGAUGCGCAUCCACAAGUUGGGAGUGAAUAAGAUAUUGAUUCCUUCAAUGCAGCCACUCGGAUGCCUCCCUAGCAUUACAGUCUUUACUUCAUUCCAACGUUGCAACGCCACAGACAACGCAUCAACCAAACUUCACAACUAUUUGUUGCAUAAAGCCGUCGCCAGGAUUAACAAUGAGACAAAGCCAUCCACUUUCGUCGUUCUUGAUCAUUACAACGCCUUUUUGACCGUUUUCAAGAACAAAGGACCGGAACCUGGUGUUAUGAGGUUUGGGAACCCGUUGAAACCGUGUUGUGUCGGGGUCAACAGCAAUUUCGACUGCUCAAACGUUGACGAGAAGGGUGAGAAGAAGUACACAAUUUGUGAAGAUCCAAAGGCUGCCUUCUUUUGGGACAUCUUUCAUCCGACUGAAGAAGGAUGGAGAUCAGUUUACUCAGUUUUACACAAAACUCUAAAAGACGUUUGGAUUUAGGAGUAAGACUAAUUAUAUGUUCUUAAUUCUUUUUGAUGUUUUUAUAUCUUCACUCAGAUUUGUUUUGUAACAUUUGUCUCGGCUUGUCUUUGUAGUAAAGAGAGUUUCACAAGUCAAGCUCACUGGUUCGAGUCUCAACACAAACAACUGGUUGAUAUUAUAAGGAUCGUCGAAUUCAUGGAUAAAAAGCAAUGAUUAAAAAAAAAAUGAAAUCUUACUAUCUUCAUCAUUUGAUAUAUCUUGUUGAAUCACAAGCUGUUCUUGAAUUGAUAGCUUGAGACUUAUAUGACUAAUAAACUCAGAGAAUGAAA